UCUCCCGACAGCGGGUCACAGUUGAUAAAUACUGCAGUUGCUCCUGUGGCGCUGAGGGUUUUAACGUUAAAGUGAAGGCGGAGGAGUCUUUUAAUUUUAUACGGAAAUAUGUCUUCUGAUUCAGGCUACGGGCAGCCUGGAGCCCCACAAAGUUCUAUUCCUCCUGAACCUUCUAGCUAUGGUUCCUAUAGUGGAUCCCAGGGCUAUGCUGGGCAGGGUUUUGGUCAAGGUAAUGGAGGCAGCUCGUACGGCGGACCGAACUACGAGGGUUAUGGACAGUCUGAGAGUUACAGCCAGUCGUCACAGGGUUACUCUGGUUAUGGACAACAACCACAGAGCUAUGAAGGUUAUGGGCAACCAGCCACUGAUUCUUCGUCGGGGUAUGGAGACAAGUCUUAUGGGCAGCAGAGUUCUUAUGGUCAACAAAGCUCUUACGUGCAGCCGUCUGAAGGAGCCCAGUCUGGGGGAACAUUUGGAGGUGCGUCGGGAACUUUUGGACGUCGUAAUGAGGGUGAGAGCAGGCGGUAUGGUGGUGAUGAAGGAGGUGACAGGCCUGAGGGUUUCAGGGGCAGAGGGCGUGGUAGCUUUGACCGUGGUGGCUUUGACCGUGGCGGUUAUGACCGUGGGGGCCUCGACCGUGGCGGCCUCGAGCGCGGUGGCUUUGACCGUGGGGGCUAUGAUCGUGGUGGCUUUGAGCGAGGUGGAAGAGGAGGAGGAGGCCCGCCCUCUGGUGUGGGUGGUGGUGACCGUGGUGGCUACAAAAAUUACGGUGGACUCAGAGACUACAGUCAAAGGGAUGAUGCCGGUGAUGAGCAGGACAACUCUGACAACAACACAAUCUUUGUCCAAGGCCUUGGAGAGGAUGUCACAACUCAUGAAGUUGCUGAAUUCUUCAAACAGAUUGGAAUCAUUAAGUUAAAUAAGAAGACUGGCAAACCUAUGAUAAACCUGUACACUGACAAAGCCACUGGAAGACUGAAGGGUGAAGCCACAGUCUCCUUUGACGACCCUCCUUCUGCUAAAGCUGCGAUUGAUUGGUUUGAUGGCAAAGAGUUCAAUGGAAAGCCCAUAAAGGUGUCCUUUGCCACCAGGCGGGCAGAGUUCUCCCAGAGAGGAGGCGGUGGAGGAGGCGGAGGAGGAGGGGGGCGAGGGCGUGGAGGUUUCAGGGGACGAGGAGGCUUUGGUGGAGGUCCCAGUUUUGACGUUAAAGGAGGAGACUGGCUUUGUCCCAACAGUUCUUGUGGAAACAUGAACUUUGCCCGGCGACAUGAAUGCAACAAAUGUGGUGCACCAAAACCCGGAGACAGUUUUGGAGAACGUGGCGGUAGAGGGGGCUUCGGUGGUGACCGUGGUGGUUUCAGAGGUGGAAGAGGCGGUUUCCGUGGUGGUGACCGUGGUGGUUAUGGAGGUGGAGAUCGUGGUGGUUAUGGUGGUGGAUACAAGAUGGGAGGAAGAGGAGAGCACAGAGAGGAAAGAAGAGACCGGCCCUACUAAAGGAUUAGACUGGACUUCGUUCCAAACCAGGAAGCUGGGAAGGGUGGGAGGGGAUGUAAUGGGUAAUAAAGUAAAGGAUGGGUCCAUUUUUUUCCACUGUCUGCAUAACAUAAUUUUUUUUUUGUGCCAGAGUGUCUUGUGUAUUGCUUCCAGUGGCUGUUCUUGUCCAGUAGGAUCACUGUCAAUCUACUGUUUUAAGGACUCUGGUUUCAGAUCACUGGGUAUCUGAAGGGGGAGGGAGGGAUGAGGGUGUGCAAGAGGUGAUUUUGCUAUUUUUGUUACUUCCUCCUUAAUUUUCUUUACCUGGUAAAGUUCAUGUUUGUGGUAGACAUGUUAAGUGUGUGUGGGAUUUUCUUUUUGUUUGUUUUGUAAGACUGAAUGAAAUGUUUUACUUGGGAUUUUCCUUUUUGGAAGUGAUAUUAAACAUGACUCUAAUCUUA